AUGGGAGAUACCAACUUUACUAAAGAGGAAGAUAACAAAAGCAAUGUCUCCUCUGAAGACAGUGCUUGCCUUUCAGCAAUGGUACUUACCACUAAUCUUGUUUAUCCUGCUGUCUUAAAUGCUGCUGUUCAUCUCAAUUUAUUUGAGAUUAUUUCUAAUGCAACACCCCCUGGUGCUUUCAUCUCCCCAUCACAAAUUGCUUCUCAUCUCCCAUCAUCAACCCAACACUCCGACUUGUCUAAUAGGCUCGACCGAAUGUUGCGUUUGCUCACUAGCUAUUCCCUUCUCACUUCCUCUACUCGAACUGCUCACAACGGUAGCACUGAGAUUGUCUAUGGACUUUCGUCGGUAGGAAAAUACCUUGUCCCUGAUGAAACUAGAGGCUACUUGGCUUCAUUCACUACAUUUCUAUGUUAUCCUGCAUUGUUACAAGUUUGGAUGAAUUUUAAGGAAGCAGUGGUUGAUGAAGACAUUGAUUUGUUCAAGAAAGUACAUGGAGUGACAAAGUAUGAAUACAUGGGACAAGAUAAAAAAAUGAACCAAGUAUUUAACAAGUCAAUGGUUGAUGUAUGUGCAACGGAGAUGAAAAGAAUGCUUGAAAUAUACACUGGAUUUGAUGGAAUAUCAACAUUGGUUGAUGUUGGAGGUGGAAGUGGACAAAAUCUGAAAAUGAUUAUAUCCAAAUAUCCAUCAAUUAAGGGAAUUAAUUUUGAUCUGCCACAGGUUAUUGAAAAUGCACCACCAAUUCCAGGUAUUCACCAUGUUGGAGGAGAUAUGUUUCAAAGUGUUCCACAAGGUGAUGCCAUCAUACUAAAAGCUGUAUGUCAUAAUUGGUCUGAUCAUAAAUGCAUUCAAUUUUUAACCAUUUGUCACAAAGCAUUGUCACCAAAUGGGAAAGUCAUUCUUGUGGAAUUCAUAUUGCCAGAACAACCAACAUCAACUCAAGAAUCAAAACUUGUUUCAACUCUUGACAAUCUCAUGUUUAUCACUGUUGGUGGAAGGGAAAGAACUGAGAAACAAUAUCUGAAUUUGGGAAAACUCUCUGGAUUUUCCAAAUUCCAUGUUGCUUGCCGUGCUUUCUCUUGUUUAGGAGUCAUUGAACUUUACAAAUGA